CCCUUACUGGAAAAAAAAAAAAAAUUGUCUAGAUGAACAUUUCUCAAAACUUCCGAAGCCCAGGAAGCCUCUGAAGCCCCUACCAGGCUGCCUCUCCUCCUGCAGCUGCUCCUCCAUGGGAGGAUGAAGGUCUCCACAGCAGCCGUCUCCUUCCUCCUCCUCCUCAGCAUCACUGUGGCCCUUGGGUCCAAGAAUGGAUCGUCUUUCAGAGGACCUUACCACCCCGCCGAGUGCUGCCUCACCUAUGUGAGCCGGCCAGUCCCCCGGCAGCGUGUUUCAAGCUAUUAUGAGACCAGCAGCCAGUGCUCCAAGCCUGGAAUCAUCUUCAUCACCAAGAAGGGCAAUUACAUCUGUGCAAACCCCCGUGAUGGCUGGGUCCAGGACUAUAUCAAGGAACUGGAGGAGUGACCCAGAAGUAAUGGAGAAGGACACAGCUCGGGAUUUAAAGAGAGGGGGUUGAACCCCACUCCCCUCCUCCCAGCUCAGCCCCAGCCGCCUCCUGGGAGAUGCCCUGACUUGAAUUAAAGACCAGUCAGGCCCUU